AUGAACAACUCAGACGUCUACCCCUGGGUGUCCCAAAACGCAAGCUACUACAGUCCAGAAAAUUGGACUGGAAACUAUAGCACCGAAUACCUAGAUGCUUGGGAAAAGUGGACUGAACUAAUCCAAGAUAGAGCUGUGGUCGUAAGUCUUCUACUAUUGUUUUCUAUGUGCACGGUAUUCGGUAAUAUGCUGGUCAUUUUGGCUGUUAUAAGAGAAAGAUAUCUGCACACUCCUACUAACUAUUUUAUAACAUCUCUAGCCGUAGCAGAUUGCUUGGUGGGUUUAGUAGUAAUGCCUUUUAGUGCUCUGUAUGAGGUACUUGGGCAUACCUGGUUUUUUGGAUCUGAUUGGUGCGACGUUUGGAGAAGUUUAGACGUCCUCUUCAGUACUGCUUCUAUCCUCAACCUAUGUGUUAUUUCCUUGGACCGGUAUUGGGCUAUAACAGAUCCUAUUACGUAUCCAAUGCGAAUGACUAAGUUUAGAUCUAUGUUUCUAAUAGCUGCUGUGUGGGUUUGCAGUAGUGCUAUAUCUUUUCCUGCUAUAGGGUGGUGGCGGGCCGUUAGAAAUGCUCCUAUACCUGCUUUCACUUGCCCCUUUACAGAACACUUAGGUUAUUUGAUUUUUUCUUCUACUAUAUCCUUUUACUUACCGUUGUUCGUUAUGUUGUUCACGUACUUUAGGAUUUAUAGAGCAGCCGCUGCUCAAACUAGAUCAUUAAGGCUGGGUACCAAGCAGAUCUUGCUCGGUUCUGGAGAAUUAGAGCUGACGUUAAGAAUUCACAGAGGAGGCACUUGUAAAGCACCGGAAUCUAGGUUAUACUCGACGCAAGAAGACGAACCUCUGACAGCUUUACAAAAUAACGGGUUAUCGCGCGUGGCUUCUAACAGACUGAAUUCGGCUCACAGUAAAAACUUUUCGUUGAGUAGAAAGCUGGCGAAGUUCGCCAAGGAGAAGAAGGCUGCAAAGACUUUGGGUAUAGUGAUGGGUGUGUUCGUGAUAUGUUGGUUGCCGUUUUUUGUGGUGAACUUGUUGUCCGGGUUUUGCUUGCAGUGCAUUAGCCAUGAAAGGAUUGUGCUCGCUGUGGUGACUUGGUUGGGAUGGAUCAACUCCAGCAUGAAUCCUGUGAUUUAUGCGUGUUGGAGCAGAGAUUUUAGAAGGUAAGUUUUUAGUUUAAUUCUUUUGUUGUAACGGGUUUCCCUAUUAUAUUUGUCUGAGAGGUAGUGACACUUUUCCUCAAGUGAAGGAAUUUUUGCAAUAUUAUGACAAGUUACUAAAAUAAAAUAUUGAGAA